UCUGCCUCCUCUAGCAAGCAAAAACCGAAGUAGAAAGAAGAAACUUAAAAAAACAAAAAAACGGAAACCAAAAUUCUCUGGAACACAGUUCAGAAGCCGCAACUGCUGCUUCUUCUUCUUCUUCUUCCAUCGCCAUACUCCAAGAACUUGUUCUCUACCAAAUCCUGAAGCAAAGACUCCGAUAGAGAUCAAUAACCCUUUCUCUCCACCCUUGAUUUCCCUUUUUCUCAGUUUCCCGGUUCACCGAAGUUCGCCCAACCAUGAUGCUCCGAAUCCGCAGCCGGGACGGCCUCGAGCGCGUCUCCGUCGACAACUCCUGCACCACCGUCGGCCACCUCAAAACCCUAAUUCAAUCCCAGCUCCAAAUCCCCAUCCACAACCAAACCCUCUCCACCAACCAGAACCUGCUUCUCGCCAAAUCCCCAACCGAUCUCCUCAAAUUCGUCGACAUGGCCGACCCGGCCACGCCGCUCUCCGGCCUCAACCUAGCCCACGGCUCCAUUGUGUUUCUGGCGUACGAGGGCGAGAGGAGCAUUGCUGGCCCCGCCGUCUCCCCGGCCGGAUCCUUCGGGCGGAAGAUGACCAUGGACGAUCUGAUCGCCAAGCAGAUGCGGGUCUCCAGGCAGGAGAACCCGCACUGCGAGUCGGUUUCCUUCGAUCGCGACUCCGCCAACGCUUUCCAGCACUACGUCAACGAGACGCUCGCUUUCGCGGUGAAGAGGGGCGGGUUCAUGUACGGGACGAUCUCGGAGGACGGCAAAGUUGAGGUGGAUUUCAUAUACGAGCCGCCUCAGCAAGGGACUGAGGAAGUUCUGUUGCUUUUGAGGGAUUCCAAUGAAGAAAAAGCUGUUGAUGCUAUUGCGUCUGGGUUAGGGAUGAGGAGGGUUGGGUUCAUAUUCACGCAGACCAUAGCGCAGGAUAAGAAAGAUUACACCUUGUCCAACAGGGAGAUUCUGCAGGCUGCCGAGCUCCAUGCCGAGAGCGAGUUGAAGGAGUGGGUGACUGCGGUGGUGAAGUUGGAGGUGAACGAGGAUGGUGGUGCUGAUGUCCACUUUGAAGCAUUUCAGCUUAGUGAUAUGUGCAUCAGGCUAUUUAAGGAAGGGUGGUUUGAGACUGAGAUUGGGCAGGAUGUGGAUCCUAAGCUAUCGAUCAUGAAGAAGGAUGUCGUUGUGGGCGUGAAAGAUGUCAAGGAGGUCGACAACGAUUUCUUCUUGGUUGUGGUGAAGAUUUUGGAUCACAUGGGCCCUCUUUCAUCAACAUUCCCUAUCGAGAACAGGGCCACCCAAGUGACAAUGAGGGCACUGAAGGGUCACCUCGAACGCGCGAGGAGCCUUCCAUUUGUGAAGAGGAUAUCCGAUUUCCAUCUGAUGCUAUUUCUGGCUAGGUUUCUCGACCUAAACUCCGAUGUCCCUGCACUUGCAGAGUGCGUCCUAACACAAACGGCGGUUGCAGAAGGUUACCAGAUCCUAAUCGAGUCCAUGGCCAGCACUGCUUGAUCCCCCUCUUGCCCCGAGACUUAACCGAUUCCUUCCUCCUUUCUCCCUGCUUGACAAUCGGGAUCACAGAAUCUCCGUUUGCCUAAUCACGGCCACGAAACCUUGUACAUUACUCUUUCUUCUCUUUGGUGAUCACCAUGUUCAAAAGAAAGGGCGUAUCCUUGCCUGGAAAAUUAGUUAUUAUGUCCAUAUGUACUUAACAGUUUAUUUAUAAGCAUUCUAGCCUUUACUUAAUAGCUUAAUUACUUUUGGAUCAUUUGUGUUGAAGUUAUGAAUAAUCCUAGCUUCUUCUGAAGUUCAACUAUUGAUGGACCGUGUCUAUGUAACAAGAAGCAUGAUGAACAAAGGAAAAAUUAGAAGGGUGCAAUCGAAAUCGAGCUAAAAUACAGGUACCAAACCGAG